AGUAGCGCGUAAAUUUGGAAAACUUUUGUUAAGUUAAAAUGAAUCCUCCGCCUACCCGUGGCCGGGCUCCCUCGCGUUUUGUGCGUGGACGUGGCCGUGGAGGCGGCGCCUACCGCCCAUACUUCUACUUUCGGCGGAACGGACGCGUCAUCCCUGCGCGCGGAAACCGGCAACCAAACCGGGAGCAACCUGACACUGGAGCCGCGGCAACGGCUGAUCCGCCGGCUAACCGGCAACCGAGAGGCUGGAACCGUGCAUCCAGCAAGCGGGGUCGCGAUGCCAAUCUGGACUGUAGUUUCCUGCGGCCCGAGAACUAUGCCGCUCCGGAGGACGGACUCCAGGUGCAGAGCAUCGCCGUGGACAAUCCGCGGGCGUAUCCCGGCUGGCGGUUGUACUUCCUGCGUGACAAUUACGAGGAGGGCAACGAGCUUGCCCGGAGGAUCAUGGCCGUGGAAGCCCAUUUCCAACGCAAUCCCCACGACUACGAUUUAGUGCGGGCCCGUGACCGGGGCUUCUUCAGCCUGCCUGCCGACGGCAUCCUCAAGGAUGCGCAGCUGAUGGAUAUGUGGCCUGGGCUGGCCGAUGAUCUUCGAGAGCAUCCGCUUCGCACCCUAUCCACUCUGUCGCUGGCCAUGCACACUGUGGUGACGAACCAUCUUCUGGACGCCAAUGAAACCACGGUGAGUGUUGUCUCCACGGCAGAGCAGUACAUUCCGCCGCUACAGACGCAUGUGCGCAAGAUCUACGUGCGACCAGAGAAGUUUGUGGCCGUGGAGGCGAUGAGCGAGAUCAGCCACGACCGUGUGGACACUCUCUUCGCCGUGCGCGGCAUCAUCACCAACGUGGGCGAGCCAGGCUACAGCCUCGCAUGGCAGGCCUUUCGCUGCACUCGCUGCCAGAUGGUGAUGGCGAUGCGGCAGCGCGGCACCUUUCAGCCCCGUCCCUAUCUGUGCAAGCGUCAAGAGUGCGUGGCUCGCGAAGGAUUCCUGGCGCUGCGCAGCUCUCCGUACACUCGACUAGUCAUCAGACAAAUCAUUCGCCUGGAGGAGUCCAGCCUGGCGCAAGUCCACGACUACGAGAGCAGCCUACCGGGGGAGAUGGACGUGGAGCUGCGACACGAUCUAGUGGAUGCAGUUCGCGUGGGCCAGGAGGUCGUCGUAACCGGAGUGCUGAAGCUCCAGGAGUUGGGCGAGGAUGCGUCGUCGGCAGACGCUUCUAACCAGAUGCGGGCGUAUCUGAAAGCGGUUAGCGUCAUGGAUUCGGCGAGCAUACAGCAGGAGUUCAGUGAGAGCGAUCUAGAGGCCAUUGCCGUAAUAAAUGCGGAGCCCAAUAGCUUCAAGCUUCUGGUUCAAUCGAUUGCCCCGGAAGUCUACGGGCAUGAGCUGCCCAAGGCCGCCUGUCUGCUCUCUCUCCUUGGAGGCAGUGGUAGACCCCAGGCAGAGCCAAUCAACGUUCUUUUGGUGGGUGAUCCCGGCAUCGGCAAGACCAAGAUCCUGCAGAGCUGCGCACAAAUUACGGAGCGAGGUGCCCACGUGAGCGGAAAACGAGGGGCCCAUUCCGCCCAGCGUUUGGGUGUGACCUUUGCUGGGCGAAACAAGCGCGUUCUGCAGGCGGGUGCCUUGAUGGUGUCCAGUGGUGGCGGCCACUGUACCCUCGACGACGUGGACAAGCUGGCCUCCAAGCAGGCGGUGCUGCUCCAGUGUAUGCAAUCGGGUGAACUUAAUCUGCCGCUGGCCGGAGCCUUUGCCUCCUUUCCGGCAAAAUCCUCGAUUAUCGCCUGCGCGAAUCCACAACGAGGACAGUACGACGAGGGGCGCUACUUGCUGCAGAAUAUACACAUAGCGCCGGCAUUGCUGCGGGAAUUUCACCUUGUCUACGUACUGCUGGACAAGCCUUCUACCGACAGGGACAUGUCUCUGACUGCCCACGUGAGGGCACUCCAUGCUGGGGCCAAAAAGCGCGCCAGGAUCGCAGCUCGUUACGCACUGAAACCUAAGAUGAGUGAGUCCAUGUGUCAGGCAACCUUCCAUGUGACGGCAGCGGGAGCGGAUGAAAAUUCGAUUAAAGCUGAGGACGACAACGAUAGCAUAAUGCAGCAGGACUACGAUCUGGACAGGCGCCUGGAGCUGUUGCCCGAGGACGGGGAUGUGGACUUGCUGCCACCCAUUCUGAUCAAGAAGUUCGUGGCUUAUGCCCGCCAGCAAGUGAGUCCGCUCCUGAACGAGGAGGCUUGCCAUGACAUCAUGCGAUUCUUUUUGGAGAUUCAACAAGGCGGUGCCCAGGAGAAUGGCGAAUCUAGCCAAAUUGGAGCGGGACAACUUCUUGGCCUGAUUCACCUUUCCCAGGCACGUGCCCGCCUGGAUUUGUCGCACGUGGUAAAUUCACAGCAUGUGCGUGAUGUGAUCGCCCUGCUCACGGAGAGUAUCACCCAGACCAGCCUCAAGGUAGGUGGCGACCUAAGGCUCGGACCUAGCGGAUCUGGAGCUAGAGGAGGCGUCAUCGGCGGCGGAGGAGGAGGAGGUGGGAAAGGCGCUCAACUGCGCAAUUUUUUGCAAAUGUUGCAACGACGUUCGGCGGCGUUGGGUCGGCGAAUCUUUGAGUUCGAGGAGCUCAAGGAGAUCGGAGCGCGGGCUGGCAUCUUGACGGGCAUCAGUCAGUUGGUGGAGACGGCCAACAUGGGCGGCUAUUUGCUCAUGAAGGGCGCAAACAUGUACGAAGUGGUUCCGGACUGAGCGAAAAACUAUACAAAUGCCAGAGUCAAUAUUUGACGCGUCUGCGAUUGUUUUUGUUUUUUUGUUGUUAACUAUUAGUUAAGUGGCUCAUCAAGUACAUUGCUCUAAUGAGGCAAUAUGUCCAGACCUAAUCUAAGAAAUACUGUUACAGGGAUUCAUUAUUGUUAAGUUGAAAAUCCCUUAUUCAUUUCCAUUUCCGUUUUAUUAGUAUUUUUAUAGAAUAAAGCAUACUUUUGGGAGCUUACUAAAUAUAAAGUGUGUCAUUACACUAAGCUACAAAAGCAUACAUAUUUACCAUAUAAGUUCCUAAAAAUGUUGUCGAAAUC